AUGGCCUUCACAGAUGUCACAGAAGACGCUGGCUACUUUAGGACGCCUUCUUUCUUUGGAUAUAAUGAGCUUGGAGUGGAGCAGUCUUGCUUUGACCUUGCAUGGCAAGAUAUACCAGAUGGCCUACUUCCAUGGUAUUGGGUUGCCUCCUCUUCUGGGUCUCUUACCACGAACUCCACAAGUUUUCAAGGCUCGCAUCCCUCAACGCCAGACUUCAAACAGCCCAGGAAUACUGAAAUUCCUAACAGCCUCUUGGACAAAACUGGCUUUAGUAGUGUGCAACCAUCAUUCGCAUCAUACACAGUCCAGCAGUCUUCUGAAUUCAUUUAUCCAAUACAAGAGACUCCCACGGGAGAGAACAUUACACCAAAUUUUAGCGAAAACCACGACAGUCAAGGAAGUCCAGAUUCCUUGAAAGCGUCAGAUCUAAACCGCGCUCACUCGGCGCUGGAGCCGUACAAGAAGGAAGCACGCGGGAGAAAGCCCAGACAAAGGCAGCCGCUUUGCGACACAAAGAGUCCACAAGAAAGGAGAACGCAGUUGAAUAAUACUAAGAAUAGACAGUAUCUGAAUGCUUUGGAACGAAACCGACACGCUGCUGCCAAGUGUCGUGCUCGCAAGCAGGAUCAAGAAAACGCUUUGGCCUCUGAGGUGGAAGUAUUGGAAGGUCGGCAUCAGCAACUCUCUUUUUGCUACAACGACCUCAUUGAGCUAAUUUACCACCUCAAAUCAGAGAUUUUGAGACAUAGCGACUGCGACUGCGCUCUCAUUCAACAGUAUAUUAGGAGUAAAGCACACAAAUCAGUGGAUAUCCUGAAGAUAAAUACGUCUUCUUCCAACGACAUGGACACCACAAUCCCACAGGGUAAUGGCAUUGGUGGCAACGAUUGUUCACAAGGAGGGUUAAUGGAGUUAUAUAGUCUAACACAGGGCUAUACCACCACGUUCUCAGGCGCAUCAUAG